AAACUAAAUAAUUACCUGUAAAUACAGAUGAAUGAGAUUUUUACAGAUGAAAUCGUAAAUUGUACAUAUAUUAAACCAGUUUUAAAACUAAAGAGUUUUGACAUAAGUAGGUAUUGAGAUAUAAUUUUCAAAUUUCGUAGUUAGAGCUCCUUUCCUUUUGCAUAGAAGAUUCUGAAGAUUUCCUUAUUUAAAAAAGCUAUUCAUCCAAUUUCUAGUUUAAUAUCUACCUCUAUGUCAAAAUUCUACAGAAAUGGAAAAAUGCGAAAAAAGUUACACUUAAUAUUUUUUUUUAAAUUCUUAUUGUAAUUUCAAUAAGUAUAUGGAUAGACUGCGUGAUAACGUUUAUCCGAUUAAUAAAAUUAAUAACGCGUUACUUCCAAACAGAUCCCUGACUGAGAAAAACUUAAUUAACAGUUAAGUUAAGAUUGAACUAAUUGACUUCUUACUGAAUGAACCAGUAAAGAUUUUACAAGUUCACUUUGUAUAAUUUCACUGUGAUUUAAAAAAUGUUAUAUGGACACAUUUUCGGGUGUGACAAAAAUAAUAGAAAAUAAAAUAAUUUUGUAUAUAAUGCGUUAAAUUAGUGAUAAUAUUGAGAUAAAAAUAGAAUGUAUUCAAGAGGCUUCAUAACUGUAUAUUUAUUAUUACAGUUACAGUCCAUCAUUUGUUGGAUGAACCACCUCUAUGAAUUUUUAAAUAGAGAUACACAAUUGACGAGGUGCAAAUUCGCAUAGACAAUUUAAUUGUUUAACAAAACUUAUCUGAUAAAAUCUUCAUGUUUAUGAAUAAUUUAUCUAGAAAGAAAGUUAUUCUUUCUGUGAUUAAGAAUUUUUGUAAAUGGUACUACAUUAUUUCGUAAAAAUGAGUUUUUUUUAGUAACAAAAAGUUAUGCGGAUUAUGAAGGUACAAUCAAAGAACCGCGUUAAAAUUGUUCCAAACAGAUUAAUAAUUAUAAAACUUUGAAUUCAAUCUAAAUUUGUAUAAUAAAAAAAUUAAAAAUACUUGAAAAUUGAUUUUUACGAUUUCGAGUAUAUUAUGAAAUUUAUAAUUGGUUUUUUUUAUAUAAUAUGUUUGCAUAUUAAAUGUAUUAGAAAACCAAUUUGUCAUAUGUUGUUACACGAUUUAUAAUGAUGUGUAUUAUAGUUCAACUGUAGGUAAAUGUAGCAUUGCGCACACCAUCCCGUAUCGAUUUAUAAGGGAUGCUGGAGGAUGUUGAGCAUAGGAAGCAUAGUUUUAAGUGAAAACUGACUAGAAUAGUUGUUGUUCUUCUCUUGCGAAGAUUAUAUUCGCUACUGACCACAAUAAAUAAUAGUGUUUUUUAUACAUUUUGCAUAAAUUUCUUAAUAAUUCCUGUUCAUCAUCCAUUAAUAUGAAUGUAGGAGUGUUACUUUUUCUUCUUCUCGGAUUAUUCAACAUAGUUCACGGUGGGAAAUACGAAGUAAAUCCAGAUGCCAAAAGACUGUACGAUGAUUUAUUGUCGAAUUACAACAGACUUAUUCGUCCUGUUCAUAAUAAUACCGAAACACUUACUGUUUGGUUACGGCUAAAACUAUCUCAAUUAAUUGAAAUGAAUUUGAAAAAUCAAGUUAUGACAACAAACGUGUGGGUCGAACAGAAAUGGUUUGACUAUAAAUUGAAAUGGGAACCAUUAGAAUAUGGCGGAGUUGAGAUGUUGUACGUGCCGUCAGAAAAUAUUUGGCUUCCAGAUAUCGUACUAUACAACAACGCAGAUGGAAACUAUGAAGUUACACUUAUGACAAAGGCAACUUUAAAAUUCACUGGAGAAGUGUCCUGGAAACCACCUGCAAUUUAUAAAUCUUCCUGUGAAAUAAAUGUGGAAUACUUUCCAUUUGAUGAACAGUCUUGUGUCAUGAAGUUUGGUUCUUGGACAUACAAUGGAGCUCAAGUGGACCUUAAACACAUGGAACAAGUAUCUGGGAGCAACUUGGUAGCAAUAGGAAUAGACUUGAGUGACUUUUAUUUGUCUGUAGAGUGGGAUAUUUUGGAAGUACCAGCUUCACGAAAUGAAGAAUACUAUCCAUGCUGUUCGGAGCCUUAUUCUGAUAUUACAUUUAAUAUUACAAUGAGAAGAAAGACAUUGUUUUAUACUGUCAACUUGAUAAUACCAUGUGUUGGAAUAACAUUUCUAACGGUUCUAGUAUUCUACUUGCCAAGUGAUUCUGGUGAAAAGGUAUCACUAUGUUCUUCAAUUCUUUUGUCACUCACUGUGUUUUUUCUAUUACUGGCAGAAAUUAUUCCACCGACUUCUCUAGCCAUUCCAUUACUAGGAAAAUAUUUACUAUUCACCAUGAUUCUUGUAACAUUAUCAAUUAUGAUAACGGUAUGCGUUCUCAAUGUUCAUUUUAGGUCUCCGUCAACUCAUAAAAUGUCGCCGUGGGUCAAAGAGGUUUUUCUUAAUUGGAUGCCUCGUGCAUUACUGAUGCGACGUACACCAUACGCUACACCUGACUACGAUGAUAAUUAUCUAGACAGUGGCUGUACAAAUGAAAUUGACUUCAGCUUUCGCGAUAGUAUAAGUGACUAUCCUCUCGAUUUAAAAGAAAGUCCUGAUGGAUUUGAAAGCGUUACUACAACAUACAAACCCAUAAGAGGAGACGAUGGACGACACGGUCCUCAUGCAUCAGUAACUGACAGUGAAAACACAAUACCCAGAAAUUUAUCUGCCGAUGUCAUAGCCGCUUUGAAAGGUGUCCGAUUUAUCGCACAACACAUUAAAGAUGCUGACAAAGAUAAUGAGGUAAUAGAGGACUGGAAAUUUGUAGCAAUGGUGCUUGACAGAUUUUUCCUGUGGAUAUUUACUUUUGCCUGUAUCGGUGGAACAUUGGGAAUUAUUUUCCAAGCACCAAGCUUGUACGAUACUCGUGAACCCGUUGACCAAAAACUUUCGUCUAUUCCAUUGAGUAAUUAUAUGCUGCCACCCACUGUUCCUCCAACCCAAACAAUUUACGAGCAAGUAUAAAGAAUAGAAUAAAAAAGUAAGUUGUAUAAAAGGGAGAAAAAUGUCAUUACAAUCAGUACUCAACAGUAUUUGAAAGCAGGCACAAAAUUCAAAAACCCUGCUCAAGUGUUACUCAUAUUCUACAUUGAUUAUAUAUACAUCAACUAACAAGAAUUUAUACUACUUUUUGUUAAAUUUUAAAGGUUAGUUAAUUAUUUCGUUAUGUCAUGUUUCUAAAACUUUUAAAAUAAAAACACAAAGUUUAUUCAAAAGAUUAAAUCAUUUUUUUAUAUCUCAUACUGAAAAAAAUG